GGAACGUUUGGUAUUAGUCUUCGGUGUGAGUUGUGGGACGUUCCCGUUCUCUCUCUCUCUCUCGCUCUCUCUAGCAGACAUGAGUGAGGGAAGAUAGUGUAACGCCAUCGAAAAGUGUGUGUGUGUGUGUGUGUGUGUAGCGGGGAACCUCAACACACCCCCACCAAUCAAGAUGGCGUGGUGCACGGUGGUGGGCCUAUCAGCCAGCAGCGGCGUGCCCCUCUUCGUGCGGCACGCAGGGCCUGGCAAGCCGCCAGCGUAUGCGUUGAUUGGCUCCUUGAAUGGCGUGCAUGUGUUUGGCGAGUCACACGGAGUCACAUUAUGCUCCACCAGAACCAGCAAUGCAACUCUCACCUGGAAGACCUACCAUGACAGCAUCCGUCUGGUUCUGAUCCGUGGCAGUGAGGUCGUUGGAGACAGCUGUGAUAAUAGACUCUUGGACUUGAUGUUUGCUUCCCUUGUUCUGAUUCAGGGUCUUGACAACCUCACCUCAGGGACCAAUAUUGAAAGACUCAAGAGAGAGAUAAGGCCUAGUUACCUGUUACUGGAUGAGUUGCUGUCUCGAGCCAUGAGUUCCAGUAACAACCCUGGUUUUUCUCACCUCACAGGAUGUGCAGAGUGUGUCAUACCACCUGAUCAACAUUUACUUCAGAGUGAGCUUGAAAAGUAUGCCGAGGGAGCAGAUUCUUCGUGUGCCUGUGUGAUGAUGAACGGCCAGGUGGUGUCCGGCACACGCAGCUUCUGGUCCUUGUCUCACACAGAGUUGGUCCUCCUUCCACUCCUAGUUGCUCUCAACACUUCUACAGUGGGAAGAGAUUUGCCCAUAUAUCUGCCUGACAAAAGUCCUAAUGUACCUUUCAGAAUGCUGGUUGUCAAACUGACUGGGCAUGUAUCUGUGGUCACCCUGUGCGGCCCAACACCUUCUCUCUCUGAAAUGAUGCGCUCGGCCUCCUCCUUGUGGGCACCAGUGUACCAAGUCCUGGAGUCUUUAACAACACUCAUGCCGUGGAACAUAGCGCCAAGCCUCCUUUCACAGAUUGAUAACUCAGUAAUAGGACUUGUUCUAAUAAAUUAUGAUCACAAGAAAUGCGUUUGCUGUGUUCAUCUAAGCGAAGACUCAAAAUCUCCAUCGCUAAAUGCUGCAAAGAAAAGUGCGGCCUUACAAUCAGUGUAUCGAACUGUGGUUGGGUCACUCCUGCAGCCGCCCGCCAUGCCUCCAGAUGAUUUCCCCUCAAGGUUGCAUCCAGACCACACGCCUCUGGAAUCCUAUGUAUCCACCGACAACUAUAAAGUGUAUGUGAUGCAGUCGUCUCCCUACCAUCUUUUAGUUUUGUACCCUCCAGCACUUCCUAUUCAAAUAGCAAGGUUCAUCAUCAUCACCACUUCAUCAACGCCUGCUCCUAGGAGUUCCCACCAGGGGAUGGCCACGGCAGAAGAGCUUCCAACUUUCUCUGUCCAGACACUCCCUCCUUGUCUGCUCAAAGUUUCUCAAAGAUCUUUCCCCCCUCUCCCUAACAUACUCUUGCACCCUAUCCCUCCAUUUCACUGGAGGUUGUCCGCUAGCAUUCCCUUCCUCUAUCUCACUCACAUACACCCUUCUGGUCAUCUUACUCUCCUCUAUUCACUCCAUGUGGCCAAACCACUUUAAAGUCUGUCGCUUCACUUCUUCCACCACUCCACACUUCUUCCCUUCACUCCUGUGACACAUUCCAAAACGCUCGUACACUUUCAUUACUCAUUCCAUCCAUUCUACUCACACCACAAGCACUCCUCAAAUAACUCAUUUCCACUGCCUGCACUCUAGACCUCUUAGGUUAUGUUACGUUAAGUUUCUUGUAUCUUCAAACACACAAUAACCAGCACUUAUGGCAUAAAUCAACAAAGAAUGACCUCACUUUGUUCUAUAGAAAGCCUCAUUAGUAAGGAAGCAUAUAUGGAUUUUCUGAAUCAAGACCUAUUGUAGUGUUUGUUUUGGUUUUGUUAGGUUAAGUUUAGGGUAUCUUCAAACAUAUGAUAGCCUGCACCUUUUGGUAUAAAUCAACAAAGAAUGACCUCACUUUGUUGUAUAGAAAGUCUCAUUAGUAAGGAAGCAUAUAUGAAUUUUUUGAGUCAAGACCUAUAGUGUUUGUUUUGGUUUUGUUAGGUUAUGUUAGGUUAAGUUUAGGGUAUCUUCAAACAUAUGAUAGCCAGCACCUUAUGGUAUAAAUCAACAAAGAAUGACCUCACUUUGUUGUAUAGAAAGUCUCAUUAGUAAGGAAGCAUAUAGUAAUUUUCUGAGUCAAGACAUAGUUUGUUUUGGUUUUGUUAGGUUAUGUUAGGUUAAGUUAAAGGUAUCUUCAAAUGCAUGAUAGCCAGCACCUUAUGGUAUAAAUCAACAAAGAGUCACCCCAAUUUGUUGUAUAGAAAGUCUCAUUAGUAAGGAAACAUAUAUGAAUUUUCUGAGUCAAGACCUAUAGUAACUUUUUAGGGUUUUGUGUUUAGGGUAUCUUCAAACACAUGAUAGCCAGCACCUUAGGGUAUAAAUCAACAAAGAAUGACUUCACCCUGUUGUAUAGAAAGUCUUUUAAUUUUUUUUCAAUUCUCAAAGUUCCCAAAAAUUCCCAUGGAAAGCUUCCCAGUUCAAAUUUCCUGGGAAUUUUAAAACACUAGUCAUGGACAUGAUGACCUGUACAUCCGGUGCUGAGUUGGAGGCAUUUUUAUUCCUUCUCCUGCCUUUCACUCACAAUCCACCAUCCUGUUUCCUCCCAUAGUCAGUUUUUUGAGGCCUAAUAAAUGACUACACCUUUGGGGUGGAGUAGGUUAACUUUACAUGGCAGCCAGCAAUUUACUUUAUAAAUCAACUUUUUGAAAAAAAAAGGCUUCACUUUGUUCGAUAGUCUCAUUGGUAAGGAAGCAUAUAAUCAACAACAAUACUACUUUCUGCCACUUUAUACUCACUUUAAAGGUAGGUACUGAUUUGUUGCAGGAUAUACUAGAGUUUGUUACUAAUGAUUUUGCUAAUAUAAUUUUAUCUCCUUCAGGAGAGUUACCUUGAGAACACUGGCGAUAUUCACCAAAGGCAAGGUUCCAAAAAUUUAAGUGCAAGGGAACAGAUAUUUUGUUGAAGUACAAAUUAAUGUAUUAUUUUUAUAUAUAAAGUUUAUAAUAUAUUAACUUAUUAUUAAUAUUAUAUUAGCAUUUAAAGAUGUUUAUUAGCCAGGAAUGUGAAGUAAAAGCUCCACCAAAUUAGUUGUUUUAUUUGUAACACUAGUCACUGAAAAUAUUCAUUAUUAAUAAUGAACUUGUAUAACUUGUAUAACGGUAAAAUUACAUUGUCAUAAGUUUAACUAAUACCAAAUUUUUCAUUUACUCCAGUAUCACUUGUACAACUGACGACUCAUUUACUCAACUCCUCCCUCCCAUUUCCACUCAAGAAGCUCCCUUGCAUCAUUUUUCUUUAAUUAUCUGUUUCUCCACACCAUCUUUGAUAUCACUUGUCCAUCAUGCACCUCACUAUAGUUGGUUCCACCAGACCUGGCGGGCCUAAGACUUCAAGGGUGGACUCGCGGACUUGGAAUCAUUGCUUGGGUGACGGUACUGCGCGCUCAUUGGCCAAUUCUUAACUUGUUCCAGCGCUCAUAAAAUUGACUUUGUAUUCCUACCAAAACCCUUUUUGAGCUGUAAGGUAACAAAUUGCACCGAUGAGAACUAUUGCAAUAAUAUCUUUAUUGAUAAGUAUGUGCCUUUUGAACUAUUAUAAAUAAAUCUGAAACGACAUUCAUAAAAAAACUAAGUCGGAACUGCAUGCAGACAAUAUCCAGCGACUGAAGCGACUGAUAAGUCUAGACUUUUUUUUACUACUACAAAGUGCUAGGCUACAGUCUACACAAUGUCAUUCGUUAAUUAACUCAUUUAUUGUAAGAUUUCUUGGUAUAUUUUUAGGCAGGCUUAGUCAUAAUGCUUAGUGAUGCUACAUAGCCAUAACGUAAACAUUGGCCUAAGGCAAGAACCUUCUCUUUUCUUUCAUUGUCCGUCCUAUCAUUAAUAAUCCUGAAAUAUGUUUCUAUUAUUUGUGGGUAAUAAACUAAUAAAUAGCCAUAAGGAAGAGUGAUUAUAAGAAUAGUUACAUUUGUAUACCAAUAGUGUUGAUUUUAAGAGGUUGCAGAGAGCAAGAGAAAGUAGGCUAUGUCAUGGGAAACGAAAUUGCCGCAACUUAGAUCUAGUAAACAACAGCCAAUGAGCGGUGCAGAGACCUUCACUCAAGCAAUGAUGCCAAGUACGCGAGUCCACCCCUGAAGGAAAAUAUCUGCCAGCUCUCAUGG